AUGUCGGCUUUGGAGUCUCUCGUCGGCUCAUUAGGUGGAUCUGCUGAUGAAAAUGAUGGGGACCUGCUUACAUCUGGAGUAACAACCAGCGCAACUACAUGCUACAACAACACGAUUUCAGAUGACCCCUUAGCCACCCAUGACUCAGGUGCAACAGAUCCGAUUCAUCGCUUCUCAUUCCACUUAUCUGAUGUUCAACUUACAAUGGCAGGAAGUGGAUCUGGGGGAAUGGGUUCCACCUCUCCAUACACACAGCCUUCCAGACAACGGUGUCACUGUCCCACUUGUGGACGCAUGCUCAGUCAGAGAAGGAAUCUAAAGCAACAUCUGAUCACAACACACAAGAUGUCUCCUGAUGAAGCCACAGUUAUAGUAAAACGCUGCAAUUUUGAUCUUCUUCUCGAAGAGCCCCUAAUACAGCCGCUUCCCCAGCCACCACUCUCACAUCUGCCAUUAUUGCCGUCCCCCCCAUUACCCAUGUCCGUACUGUCAAAUUUAACUCCUCUGUCACCCCCAGUUGUUUUGAUGCCACCAAAAAGUCCUCUUUCUUCAUAGCCUCCAAUUCCACGUGUAAUGUUUUGAAAUACAGUAACUCUUAAUUCCUCAGUUCUCUAUUCCACUGAAACAAGAUGAAUUCUGUUAUUUCUUAAAAACCUAGGUACAGAAUUUUUAUUUUACAGUAUUUUCUUGGAUAUUCAUUAUCAGUUUUACCUUUUAGGUCUUGUCUCAUUCUUACAAAUCCUAGGUAUGUGAUAUUAUUCAUGUCUUAAGCAGUCACCUUGUAUACCAGAGUUUGGAUCCACAAAGCAUUUUCAUUCUUUGUUUCUGUACUAAGAUCAAGUGUCCACU